AUGGGGGAGGCAAAGAAAAUGGCAACUCCAAUGGAGAUGAACCUUAAGAUGAAGAAAGAUGAAGGUAAAUUGCUGAAGGAUACGAGAUCAUUUCAACAACUUGUUGGUAGUUUAAUUUACUUAACUAUCACAAGGCCGGAGAUUGCAUACUCUGUUGGUGUUAUUUAUCAAUUUAUGCAAGAUCUAAGAACUCCUCAUUUAGAGGCAGCAAAAAGGAUUCUACGUUAUAUAAAAGUAUCAGUUGAUUAUGGUCUUAUGUACGAGAAAGGGAAUGAUUUUGUGUUGCAAGGAUUUACAGAUACAGAUUGGGCAAGUGAUACGGCUAGUCGUCGUUCAAAUUCAGGCAAGAACCAGUCCACUGUUGUUUUGUCCAGUACAGAAGCGAAAUAUAUAGCAGCGAACAAUGGCAGCCCAAGAAUGCAUUUGGCUGAAAUGUUUUAUGGGAGAUAUCUUUGGCAAAGUGGGCUACGCUGUGCAAAUUCAAUAUGA